AUGGACGACCUAUACCAGAACAAUGUCAACCAGCAGGGGAUCGAUGGCGGCGAGUACACCUACACCCAGGAGGGCAGCGGGCAGGACGGUUACCCCUACCAGACAGAUUACCCUCCGCAGGAGGAGGACGCCGCGAGCGAUGCCACCGAGGGGCACGAUGAGGACGAUCAGAUGUAUGAGGGGGAGUACCAGGGCAUCCCCCAUCCUGAUGAGAUCAAGGAGGCACGGCGGGCGGCGCGGAUGGAGGCCAGGAGGAAGGCCCGUCAGGCUGUGCACCAGGAGGAGGAGGAGGACCUACCCGAGCAGUAUGAAAACAUCAUGGAGGACUGUGGCCACGGACGCUUCCAGUGGAUGCUCUUCGUCGUGCUGGGUCUGGCACUGAUGGCCGACGGUGUCGAUGGCUUUGUAGUGGGCUUCGUGCUACCCAGCGCUGAGAAGGACAUGUGCAUAUCCAACGCUGACAAAGGAAUGCUGGGCCUGCUGGUGUACGUGGCGAUGAUGGUGGGGGCCUUCGUGUGGGGCGGCCUGUGCGACAAGAUGGGGCGCCGGAAGUGUCUCAUCUACGUCUUGACCAUUGACGUGGUCUUCUCCUUCCUGUCCUGCUUUGCACACGGAUACGGAUUCUUCCUCUUCUUCAGGUUCUGCUCUGGCUUCGGAAUUGGAGGCUCCAUCCCCAUAGUGUACACCUACUUCACAGAGUUCCUUCAGAUGGACAAGCGUGGAGAGCACCUGAGCUGGCUCUGUAUGUUCUGGAUGCUGGGAGGACUCUACGCCUCCUUCACCGCCUGGGGUAUCAUCCCUCACUACGGCUGGGGGUUCGCCAUUGGGACAGAAUUCCAAAUCCACAGCUGGAGAGUGUUCAUCCUGGUGUGUAUUUUUCCCGCCUUGGCCGGUCUGGUUGGACUCAUCUUCAUGCCGGAGAGCCCUCGCUUCCUUCUGGAGAGUGCCAGACAUGACGAGGCGUGGAUGAUCCUGCGGCAGGUACAUGACACCAACUGGAAGGCGAAGGGGGAGCCAGAGAGGGUCUUCACGGUUUCCAACAUCAAGACUCCUCAAACUCAAGAGGACGAGUUCAUAGAGAUCCAGAGUGAGACUGGCACCGCCUUCCAGCGAUGGACCGUCAGACACAUGACUAUGGUCCAGCAGGUGAUGGCUAAUGUGAUGUCGCUGUCCGCUCCGGAGCUCAGACUGCAAGGCCUGUUCCUGGUUAUCGUGUGGUUUUGUUUGGCCUUCAGCUACCACGGGCUAGGGGUGUGGUUCCCCGAUAUGAUCAAGUACAUGCAGUACGAGGAGUAUGAGGCCAAGGUGAGGGUGUUCCACCGAGAACGGGUGGAACGGUUCCACUUCAACUUCUCCCUGGUCAACCAGAUCCACCGCGAGGGGGAGUACAUUCACGACAAGUUUGCAAACAUUGAGAUAAAGUCCGUGAAGUUCGAGGAGUCGCUGUUUGAGAACUGCUACUUUGAGGAUGUCAGAUCCACCAACACCUUCUUCGAGAACUGCACCAUCAAAAACACCAUCUUCUACAACACAGACCUCUGGCAGGAGAAGUUUAAAGACUGCCGGAUGGAGAACACCACCUUCCUCCAUCCUAAGAAGGGCUGCCAUCUUAACUUCCAGGAGGAGAAUGACAUCGUCAUCUACAUGGUCAGCUUCCUAGGAAGUUUAGCCGUCCUGCCGGGCAACAUCAUCUCAGCUCUCUUCAUGGACAAGAUAGGAAGAAUCAAAAUUAUUGGAGGGUCUAUGCUAGCGUCCUCAGCCUGUACCUUCCUGCUGCUGCUGAGUUUCAGUCAAGGGGCUGUUAUUUGUUGGCAGUGUCUGUUUUACGGCGUUAGCGUGGCGGCCUGGAAUGGCCUGGAGGUCAUCUCUGUAGAGCUUUACCCCUCCGCUAAAAGAGGGACUGCAUUUGGCAUCCUGAACGGCAUCUGCAAGCUCGCCGCCAUCAUUGCCAGCUUCAUUUUCGCAGCCUUCAUCGGCAUCACUAAGAUCAUCCCCAUCUUCCUGGCUUUCUCUGCCCUCGUCUGCGGAGGUGUGCUGGCCCUUAAGCUGCCAGAGACCCGUGAGAAGGUCCUCUCUUGA